UGAUUUUAAUUUAUAAGAAAAUUGAUAUUAGGAUACGCAAGUAAUCUAGUGUUACAAACAAAAAUAAUAGAAAUAUACAUGAUACAUUUUUGAAUUGUUGGUAACAAUCUAUUUUAUAUUGAAAUGAUACAAUUCAAUAAUAAUAGACAUACAUCAGAUCCUUUAUAAAAUAUCCAGGAAAUAUAUCAUGGACUUCUUGAACUACAUCAAAAAUCUAUUCAGUUUCAACAUUCCAGAACCUAUAAGAAAAAGGAGGUUAACCGAUGAUUUUGAAGACAUUGAAAUAUUUAGCAGUCCAAAGUUUCGAAGAAUUCAAAGUCCUCUUCGCAGGGAAAUGGAUGAUAUUUUGAUUUCUCCUGAUGUUAUAAGGAGGCCUAUGAAAAAUAUAAAGUCCCCUAGGUAUUCUUUUCCCAAAGAGGUUAUUCUACUUGAUGAUUAUGCCAAAAAUGAACACAGAUUUAAAAAAAAAUAUAACACAUCAACUCCUGCUGAUACGAGAAUGAGAGAGGACGAUGAUGAAAUAAAAUUUGUUGGAGAAUAUAAAGCUUCCACUAAAAAAAAAGAUAUCCAGACAUAUAACUCUAGAUUUAUAAAACCAUUCUCUCUCUUUCACAAUGUAUUAUCAGAAAAACAAAAUAAUACAACUAACCUUAGGCAGGUAACUUCAAAGCAAAUGAUGGGUGAUAAUAGUAAUGUCAAUAGAAGACAAGUUUCUUCAUACACCAACAGAUUGGAUGACAAAAAAGAAUUUCAGAAUCUCUUGGAGUCUCAUUUGUCAUCGGAUAAUAGUUUUAACGAUAGUUCCCAGUAUUUCACACCCAAUAGCCGUCUGUCGAAGUAUGAUUUCAGCAGUAGAGGAAAGAAAAUUGUUGAUCUUGCAACGAAGAAAUCUAGAAAUAACAGCUUGGUGGCACCUUUGAUAGACCUCACACACGAAGAACAAAAUGGGAGUAGUUCAUCAGGGAAAUUAUCAGUGAGAGAUAAAAUAAAAAAAGUUUUGAGCAGCUUUGAUGAUGAACCUGUGGAAAUUCAAGAUUCUGAAUCAGAUGUGGAAAUUCUACCGAGGCCUCCAUCUCCGGAAAAGGAUUUCAAAAUAGAACCAGUUAAUUCUUUCAAGAAGAUUGUUGAUACUUCUUAUGUUUCCAAUCAGAAAUGGUUGGCAGACUUAGUGGAAAGGCAUAGGAAUUUGAUUGAAGAGAGAACCAAGGAUAUAAAAUGUCUUGAAGAGUCUUCCAAAAAACUGAAUGAAAUCAAUAGGGAUAUAAGAAUAGGAAAUCUAACCAGACAGGUAGAUAGAUGCCUUCAAAUAAAAGAAGCUGUUCUUCCUAUUGAGAUUGAAGAGCCUGAAUUACCUUCACUCACACAAGAACAAUAUGCCCUUGUGGAAAGGGCAUUUAAAGGACCUCCUAAUGAAGUUCUAGUCAGAAAGUUCAACCUCAAUAUCACCAGAAAAGAUAUAUUGACGUUAGCUGGCUUGAACUGGCUGAACGAUGAGGUCAUCAAUUUCUACAUGAACCUUAUAAUAGAGAGAAGCACUGCGGGAGAUUAUCCAAAAGCUCACUGCUUCAACACAUUCUUUUAUCCAAAAUUGUUGAAAGACGGGCCAGAAUCAUUGAAAAGGUGGACUCGAAGAAUAGAUGUCUUUUCUAUGGAUAUCAUUUGUGUACCUAUCCAUUUGGGCGUCCACUGGUGUAUGUCCAUUAUAGACUUCAGGAACAAAUCAAUUAGAUAUUACGACAGUAUGGGCAGCAGCAAUCCAAAAUGCCUGAAUGCCCUCAGGGGGUACCUGGAAUUCGAACACAUGGAUAAAAAGAAAACUCCCUAUGACACUAGUGACUUCACCGCAGAAUGUGUCAGAGAUAUACCCCAACAGAUGAAUGGUAGUGAUUGUGGCAUGUUCUCCUGUACGUUUGCAGAAUUUUAUUCUCGCAAUGCCAAAUUUACGUUUAAGCAAGAAGACAUGCCGUAUCUCCGAAGCAAAAUGGUGGUCGAAAUCAUGAGUGGCGAACUUUUGAUAAAGUGAAUUUUUUUUAUCUGAACAGAAUUUAUUUUUUAUUGCAUAGUACACAAUUUGUGGAAUGAAGUCGAAGUGUUUUUCGAUGAGAUGGAUCCUGAUAAGCCGACAAAUUUUGAGUUUUCAAUGGAAACUUUACAUUAAGAAUUAAAACAAAAUUUACUGAAUAAGUUUUUUUUAGUUUUUCUUUGUGAAUUUCAUUUUAUACUAUAUGUUGUAGGUAAUGUAUUUAUAUGUGUUUAUAAUGAAUAAACUUAUUUGAUGUAACUACAAAUAGAAUUAAUGGUAUCUCAAAUGUUUGAUUUUGAUUCAAAAAAAUUGUAUCAUAAAAAUACAAGGAACAAAAUGGUAU